AAGGUACCGUGAACCGGCGGCGCACGAGUAGUUCACUUCUGUUCGGUGUGGUGUUGCGGUGAUUUUGAGGGGCCAGCUUAAGAGAACGAGAGAGAGAGAAAGAGAGAGAGAGAGAGAGAGAAGAGAAAGAGAGAAAGGGAGUAAGCUCUGCGCUCGCACACGCUCGUCGGAGGGUGCGAGAGAAGAGCUCGUGUCCCCUUUGCAGGACGAUCAUUGCAUCGCGGCUCCGGAGUAAGCACGUUAGUAACGUGAAUCUGCGGCAGAUUCGCGUCCGGCACGACGGUGCGAAGUAACUAAUCGUCGAUCGUGCAUCGAGAGGGGACCACGUCGUCGCAUCGAACCGUCAGGGUCGUCCGUCGUCGACGACCGUGCUGGAUAGGGUACGGAAGAAGAGUGCCGACAUGUCGGCGUUGAACGCCGCGCCGUGUAGACGCGGGAUAAUCCUCUGGCUGGCCGCCGUUCUACUGCUGGCGUCACGAUCCACGCAUUCUGCACCGGUAUACGAUCAGGAUACCACACAGAUCGCAGAGUACGAUGGAGCUGUUACUGGGUGUUACUUCAAUUUCCAGCGAUACCAAGAAGGCGACAGAAUUAUUACAAGUGAACCAUGUCUGAAUUGUACGUGUCACAAUCGAAUGUUAAUGUGCUACCUGAAAGUUUGUCCGUUCACGAAAGCGAUCGGUCAGGAUUGCACGGUGGAAAAACGUCCAGAUCAAUGUUGCCCUGUGAUCACAUGUCCGGAAGUACCGGUUCAAUUGUUGACAUCUACGACGAGCGCGCCGGCGAUCUCAGAUUCCACAGACGUCGGUUUUCACGACAAUUACGGAUGUCAUGUCGACGAGAGAUUUUACCCAGAUGGUGCUAUGCUACCAGUGGAGCAUCACAAUCCUUGCGAGCUCUGCUACUGCAUCAGAAACAGAACUACUUGUGUCAUGCAAGAAUGUACUUUACGAGUGGCGGGAUGUAAACCAGUCUACCAACCGGGUGUAUGCUGUCCGAUCAAAUAUAAUUGCGAAUAUGAUGAGGAACCUAGCACUACGGUUGGUCCAACCCCCGGUCUCAUCAUGACCACAACGCUACCUCCUGGCAUGCUACCACAAUGCUUCUACGAGGGUAAAAUCUACGAAGACGGCGAUCUGAUUUACUCGACUCAGCCAUGUCAGCAUUGUUAUUGCUUCCGAGGGGAGAUCGCUUGCGCGGUGCAGAAUUGUGGGACGCCGAUGGAAGCGCAUGGAAAGAACUGCACGGCCUUACCGCCACCGGAAGGAGAAUGCUGUCCGACCACAUACCAGUGUGAGGAGGGCGAGCAAGGAACGAUCACGCUACCGGAAGAAGGUGAAGAACAGCUUCCGGAGCAGGUAGCACACGACCUAGAAAUGACUGAGUCUCCUAUGGUAAUUGAUCAGGAAGAUCAGCAAGUAAAAGGUGAACAUCCUCAACAAGAAGCAUUCCCAGGUGCCGAUAAUGUUAUACCGCAAGUUCCUGAGGAAGAGGAAGAGGGAGUUCAUGGCACUAUUGAACACGUUACUCAGGGACAUAUUCCGUCUACCGAGAAGCCCGAAGAACCUAAAGAACAAGCUGCAACACUGCCAACAGAAGAGAAUGUUGUACCUGAGACGGAAACUACUGAAAAGGAGUCUAUUCCUUCUCACGAACACGUCACGGAAACUUCUCCCGCUGAGAUGGCAUCGGAAGAAGUGAUAACAGCUAAAGUGCCUUCGGAAACAGAAGUAACAAAGACGGAAGCACCUACGACCAUGCAAGAGAUCGAGACAGCUACCGAAGCACCUGCCGUCGAAUUACCAGGAGCUACCUCGCAAGGUCCGCACCCGGAAGAAGAAACAGUAACUACAGAACCUGAAAAACACGCGAGCACCGAGAAGAGUGAAAUUGAAAAGGAACAGUCAACUGAACCUUCCGUUAGUGAAGAAAUACAGACCGAAGGAGUAAUAAAGACAGAACCAGAAGUACCUACUAGUCCACACGAAGGAUUUUCAACACAAGUACCCGAAGAAGUCACCGAAAAAGCAACAGAAGAAGAACAAGUUAGCACAACAAAAGCGCCAGAACAACCAGAGAUUUCAACUGAAAUCAUCGAGAAAGUAACAUCGCCAGUCGCAGAAAUUGAAGAACCUAGUGUUAGCAUUGUUCCUGAACACGUCACUGAGCAGGAGAAAGAAGACGAAAGUAAAGUAGAAACUACACCAGGUGAAAUCCAGGCGGCAGAGAUUCCAUCGGAAUUGCCAGUGGAGCAACCAACUGCGACUAUGGCUCACGAGAUACCUAGUAUUGAACAAGCUGCUACUGAGAAGGGUGAAGUGUCACAUCCAACAGAAACCGCGGUUAUAGAAGAAGCACAAACAACUGAAGUAAGUGGUCAUCCUGAAGAACCUUCUACACAACAAGAACAGAAACCGGUGGCAGGUGAAGGUGAGGAGGAACAACGGCCAGAACAGCCAACAUCCGAGCAUGCUAUAAUCGAAGGCGAUUUGACGGAGAGUCCAGCGAUGGGCGAGGAACCUAUUACUACCGAAAAGCAACACGUAGAAAAGGAAAUAACUCCGGAAAUUCCAGCUCAAGGUCCAACUGGUAUACCAAUUCCUGAACGAAGUCCAGAGCAGAAAGCGGAAGACGAAAAUGUGUAUCAUGUCACAGAGGAUUACCGCGACGUUACGCGUCCCGAAAUAAGUCCUGAUAAUCUUAUGACUGAAUUACCGCAAAAAACAUCUGAAGCAAGUCCUCCACAGGAACAAGAAGCUACACCGACUCCGUCAGAAGAAACCGAAAAACCGAUUUUAGAAGAAGCUACGGAAGUAACUCUGUCCAGUCAAACUGAAAGUAAACCUGAAAUCGUUGAAACUAGUACAAGCACUGAAAAAACAAAAGCAGAAAGCACGUCUGCUGUUACUGAAAUUCAGGCUAGUACGGAAUCAUCUGCAACCACUAUCAAGGAACAUGUACCAGAAGAGAAAGCACCUGAAGAAGCUCCUAGCAGUGAAGAAUUACCCAUGAAGGGACUUGGCGUCGAAGAAUCUGAAGAAAUCAGUGGUGAACAAGUUGAGAAGGAGGUACAUCCAAAGAAAGAGCUGUCAAGUGAGGAAGAACCUUCUGUCGCGACGCAACCGGUACCUGAAACAUCUUCAUCUAUCCCUGCCGAACAUGAACAAUCAACGGAACCUGGAGAAGAACAAACAUCGGAAGGUGAACAUGUUACUACCGUGAUUCCUUCUGUUGAGCAAUCGACGCACGCGAAGCAAGACGAAGAGAAAGAAACUGAAACUGUUCCUAUCGAAGAAGAAAAAGCAGUUACUAGCGAAAAACCAAUAGAAAGAGUAACAGGAGAAUCUGUAGAAAAGUCUACGACGCAAAAACCCACCAUCGAAGAAAGCAAAACUGAACAACCUAAGGAAUAUUUCACAGAGAAAGCUCCUGAAGAAGUUACUGUUACAGAAAAUCAUGAUGUACAGGAAACCAAGGCACCUGAGAAAAAGCCUGAGGAAAUAGAAGGCCCGAAAGGAGUAUCACCUGAAGGUACAGAAGAACCAACUGAAGCAACGGUAACAGAAAAGGAACUACCUAAAGAAACUGAAGAAAGAAAACCAACAGAAGUUACUGGUAUAGAACAGACAGAAUUACCAGCUAUUGAAGAACAUCCUACUAAACUAGGUGAAAUUGAGAAAGAGGGCGAAGAGAAGAUCUCAGUGCCUGCAUCUACGGAGGAAACAGGUCUUGCAAUCGAAACUGAAUCCACUAAAGUACCGGCCGAAGAACAACAGACAGAGGAGAUGCACACUGAACCUUCUGCGAGUAAAGAACAUUUGCCAAGUCAACCUUCAAUUCCUUCAGAUCGCAAAGAGGAUCAGGAACCUGUUGAACCGAAACCAAGUGAAGAAGAAAAAGAAAUCCAAGAACAAAUAACUCAGAAACCAUCUCUCGAAGAAAUAGAAGUAACUAAGACUCAGGAGGAACCACAGCAACCGAACCUUCUUUCUGAAACAGAAGGAACUCACAUUCCAUCUUCGGAGGAAACGGUUACCGAAGGUACUUUACCGGAAGAAAAACCAGGUGAAGCUGCAACGCAGUCAGCUGUCGAGAGGCAACCUGAAAUAGUAAGUGAACAACCAAAAGAAGUUACAACAGAACUAUCUGGACAGGAGGAACAGACUCAGAUUCCAAUCAUCGAAGAACAGCCUGAAAUACACAUAAGAAAGGAGACUGAACCACCCGGUAUUGUAACUCCCGAAGAACCUUCUCUAACUCCUAGUAGUGCAGUUUCUGAAGGACCAGUUACGGGCGAAAAGGGUGCUGAUGUUAGUAAGUCAACAGAAGCCGCAAUAAGCGAAGGCACUACAAUAUCGGUAUCAAUAUCUGAAGUGUCAACCGUAUCGCCUGAACUUGAAGAACACACAGAGCACGAAGGUACAGUCCCUAUUGAGAAAGAAAUUGUGACUGAAUUUACACCUUCAGAAAAAGAACAACCAGAGGUCACACAUCCAUUAACAACUGAAGAAAAACCAAGCAAGGAAAGUGGUGAAGCAGAAAUUAUACCUCCUGAGGUAUAUACAGAAGAAACAAUCUCAGAAACGCCUGAAAUACCGGUUAUAGAACAGCAUCCACACGAACCUGAAGAAGUUCCUAAAGAAACGAUUACUGAAACGCCGAUUCACAAAGAACAUGAGGAACAUUCAACGAUUGCUCCUGAAGAGAUACCUGAGGUGAAAAUCACUACCGAAGUACCACUGAAAGAAGUACCUCAAGAUUCUACUGAACAUCCAACAAGCACUCCUGAAAAGACUUCUGUAGAAGAAGAGACUACAUCGGAGAUUGUACCUCGCCCAUUGGGUAUUCCAGGAGAAGGUAAUUGUCUCGUGGAGGGACAAUCAUACAACAAUAAUUCGGCCGUUCCUCCGGCAAAUAUAUGUCAAACUAGCUGCCGCUGUAUUAGUAGUAUCGUGCAAUGUGAACUUGUAGAGUGUCCCGCACCACCGGUGCAUUUGUCGAACUGCAUGCCAGUUCAUACAGGCGGAGAAUCAUGCUGUCCAAUGUACGCUUGUGAUUCGACACCGACUGCCGAAUUAGAAUCCGAUAGUCAUAUGGUUCAACCUCACACUCCUGAAGCAGAAGAAGGUAAGGAAGGUGUCCCAUCAACGGAAGUAUCCACAGAGGCACCAGCUGCGGAAGUUACUGAAGCAGCGAAAGAACCUAGUAUAGUAACUGAUGAGAUUCAUACACCGGAAUCACAACCUGCCACAGAAGUCGCUAUUCCUUCUAUUUCUCCAUCGGAAGAAGCAGGAGUAACAGAAAUAAAAGAGCAGCAAACUACUCUCAAACCUAUCGAACCAGUUUAUGAACAGACUACAAUUGGACAACCUAUUAAGCAACAUGAAGAGCAUACUAUUAGUUCGGUACCAGAAACAUCACAGGAACCUGAAGAACAUACGCAAUUACCAGGUGAAAGUACCGAAAGCAAAGUGAGUGAGGAAGAAGAAGGCGUAACAAAAGUUCCAACUGAGCAGCCGCAAGAAGAGAUUGUUAUUCCAGUUAGCGGCGGAGAGGUAAUAACUUCUACAGAAUCUCAUAGCGCUGAAAAACAAAGUUCAACUGUUUCUCAUAAAGAAGAAGAGACUCAUAUUCCUGUUGAAAUCACAACUAUUGCAGCUGGCAAAGAAAAAACUACGAUAUCGAUCAAGGAGCAAGAAAUGCCUACCAAAGAGAUAAGUAUCAAGGAACAGUCUACACCAGAAUCAGUUGAAACAUCAGAAGAAACUGGAAAGGAACAACCAAUAACUUCCGAGGAACCAAGUACUGUCGAAGAACACGAAACACCUACAAAAUUAGAAGUGCCCGUUCUAACGGAAGAACCAGUAAAGUCAGAACUUCCAGAGAAACAACAGCCUGUUGAACCAACUGAAUAUGAGACUACUUCUGUUUCUGAGAUUCAAUCGACAAUAACGCAUAAACCUGAAGAAGGACAAGAAAUUAUUACGUCAUCUGAAGGUGAACAAAUUACUCAGACCGAGAAAUCAGAAAGCGAUUUGCAAACGAAAGUGCCAGAAACAGAAACGCAGGGACCGAUUGUAUCUACUCCUGAAUCGACAACUUUCAUUUUACACGAUCAUACAGUAACUGAGUUACCAUUGAACCAUGUGACUGACCAUGUGACUGUAAAAUCUAUGGAAGUUUCCACGGAAGAAAGUAAAGAAGAAGAAUCGGAAGUUUCAACCAAAGUUCCUGGAAUUGAAGAAGAACACGUUACUAUUCCUAUCAAAGUAGAAGUACCCAGCGAAGGAAUAACUGAACAAGAAUUAGAAAAACCUACCGAAGAAACUGUUAAACCAGCUCAAGAAUCUACUUCUGAAAUUCCUCAUAAAGAAAUAUUACCAGAAACAAUUGGAUCAACGGAAAGUGCAGCAGGAACUACAGAACAUGUCGAAGAACAUCCAGAACCAUCACUUGCAGAACACGAAGAAGAACCGUCGGUCACGAAAUUGUCCGAAGAAAAACCAAUCGAACCUGAAAUUCCAGUCAGUACCGAGCAGCCAGUGAAAGCUGUUGAAGAGGCUUCAGAAGCAGAACUUGAGAAAACUACUAAACCCACCGUCGCUCAUGAAUUCGAAAGUACGCAAGUUUCAGUGGAAGAACAUCCAGAAGUCACGUCCGAAACUGAAUCUCAUGAGCCUGAAUUGUCUGUCCAAGAACAUACGACAAUCGGGGAAGAAACAAUAACGUUUGCACCUGCACAGGAAGAACUUGGUGAACAUCCUAUUACAUCGAUCAUAAAGGAAACUGAGCCGAGUUUGAGCGAAGCGGAAACUGAGCAACCUAUCGUUUCCGAAGUGGAAUCCGAAGCGCCGGUUGUAGAACAUGUCACUGUUACAACUGAAGAGCAAACGCCGAAAUCCGAAGAGCAUCCUAUCGAGGAACAGACUGCCUCUCCUGUUCCCAGUAAAGAUGAGACAACAGAAGGUGCUGUUUUGGAGGAAACAUCGGAAAGCGUAACGAGUCAAAAAGAACAAGUGACCGAAAAGCCUAUAGAAAGUGCCAAACCAGAAACGGAAGUGUCUAAUGUAACGGAGGAACAAACUGUUGCUCCUGAAGUUCAAAAAGGAGUCGAAGAAGAAGAACAACAGAAGCCUGAAGGAAUAACAGAAGAAAUAGGUAAAGAACAACCAGUUCCGGAAGUCACGGAAGUAGGCCAUGAAGGAACAACGGAGGAGACUGUUAAAGAGGAAGUCACUAGUAUUUUGGAGGAACAUACUUCCGUAGAAGAGCAUCCCGAGCAAGAAGUAACACCGUCUGAAAUGGAACCGGGUGUAAAAGUCGAACCAAUGAAACCCGAAACAACGAGUGGUCCGAUAGAAGAGAAACCUAAAGAGGAAGGUGAAGUUAGCGAGGCGCCUUUACCGGAGCAGCCAACGAGUGAAGAAGCAACAAUAGCAAGUUUGAUACCUGAAGAACAUCCAACUGUAUCGACAGAGACGAAAGAAAAAGAAAGCACAGAGAAACCUGAAUAUCAAACUACGUUAUCUACUGCGGAAGAAGAGGUAUCGAAACCAGCAACCGAAGCCAGCGAGGUGGAGAAACUUUCUCCCGAAGAAGAAUCUGCUACAGCUGAAGUUGCUACAGUGAAACCAGAACAACCUGCUACAAUAGUUCCUGUCGAAGUAAGUCCAACUGAGAAACCCGCAGAAGUUUUGCCUGAAACGGAAAGACCAACUGUGUCAGAACAGGAAACAGCAUCACCCGAACAACAAGGUGAAACUACCACGAAAGCAAUAGAAACUGCAAUAACUGAGGAAGAAAUACCAGAAGAAAAGGUACCAGUAGAAACGAUUCUAGAAGAAGAGGAGAAACCGAGUGAAGCUCCUGAAGCUGGUGUAGAAGAAGAAACACAUCCUUCGGUACCGGUUGAAACGACUCCCAUUCAUGAGGAAGAAGAACCGUCGAUAACGAAACUACAACCUACUGAAGAACCACUUCCUUCCGAAGGAGAAACCUUAGUACCAGAGAUUCAGCCUAGCCAGUCUGAAGAAGGCGAAGUAACUUAUCCAGGUAUAGCGGAAGAAGGAGAACAUCCAGGUGUGCCCGAAGAAGGCCAUCCAAUCUCAGGUAUACCUGAGGAGCCUCAAUUUACUACGGAACAUGCGGCCGAAGUACCUGUCACGAUAAAGGAAGAGGAGCAUCCGGAAACUGAACAAUCAGAAAUUUCGUCGGAAGUUCCUAUGCCCACUGAGGGUCCAAUUAAGGUUUCUGGCACGCCAAUUGAAUUGCCCGAAGAGCAGAUUACCGUCAGACCAGUACCAUCAGAGGAGCCCAUACCUGAGGUUCCGACAAGACCUGAAGAAUCGACAGAAACGUCAGUCGAACAGCACGUAAUAAAGGUACCAGCAGAAUUACCAACUGCGGAAACUCCGGAAGAAAUUCCUGAAGAGGAAGUCGUUCAUCCACAAGAAGGCGUAGAAAUUGGUCAUCCGCACAUAGAUCACUUCCCGGAGGUUACCAUGAGGCCAGAGCCUGAUUAUUCCGAACUGACGUUCGGAUCUGAUGAAGAGCACUUGCGACCUGUCAAUCAUACGGAAGUGACGAAACGACCGUAUCAACCUGGCUUCCAUGAACAACAGCCAACCACGUUGGCUCCUCAUAUUCCGGAAUAUCCCGAUCAGAUCGUGUCAGGCGAAGAUAAUCCUCACUUCCCCGUGCAAGGUGGCAGUUAUCUAAAUCAUGAUGAGGAUUACGACGAGGACGAUCAGGUUUAUGGUCCGGGCACUUGCCGUUAUGGUGGCAAAGUGUAUGUCUCGGCGCAGCAGAUACCCAGAGACGACCCGUGCGAUUUUUGCUUCUGCUUCAGGAGCGACAUCAUUUGUCUACAGCAGAGUUGCCCACCGCCUAUUCCAGGUUGCCAUGAGGAACCGAUCAGCGGCUUCUGUUGUCCCAGAUACGAGUGCCCCGUGUCGAUGGCCACGGCUCUCAACUUGACCACCACUACCACUACAACUACGACCACGUUACCGCCACAUUUCCCAGCUCACGCUUACAAAGGCGCUGCGAGACGAAAUGGCUGCCAAAUCAGUGGCAAAACUUAUCGAGUAGGAGAAGUUAUUAAGUCGGCGUCUGGACCUUGUCUCCACUGCACCUGUGGAGGUGACGGCAAUAUGAAGUGUGAUCCACGAAUAUGCACUCCGGAACCGAUGCUGAGGCAAAUGAUUGCCGCAGUUGCGGCCGAAAGGAGAAGGAGAUGAGCCGCCGAGCUGGUUCGCGGAAGUCGUCUCUACAAAGAAGCAUUUACGAGGACGAGAAAAUCGACAGCAGGAUUCAGUGUUGUAUAAAAGUGAAUUAAAAUUAUUCUAAACUACCUAAACGCAUCGCGCGGAACACAGACAAUAGUGUGCUUCGGCGAUCACGAACUGAGUGGCCAAAACGUAAACGUUUAUAUUAAUAAUAUUAUAUUAUGUUAUAUAAAAGAAAAAAGAGAGCGACGACGAGGGAGAGGAAGGAGCAAUAUCGGUCGGAGAAUUAUAGGGGAUUCGUAAUGCGUAUCGAGGCGCGUUUUUGGUGCUAAUACGCGAUCACGGAAGACGGAAGCAAAGCAACGCGGACGUAGAAAAUAUAAGCAAAAGAAAUUUGUUCGUGAUAAUUCCGCAUUCUGUUUCGCGGGGUAUUUUAUACGCUCUGAGAAAACGAGAAAAGAGAGGAAAUUACUGAACGUACGAGACUUAUGACUGUGCCUUCGUCAGUGUCGAAUAUCAACGGCACUGCUUUCGUUUCGGCAACGAGCGCCGUCCGCAGCCACGGUCAUCGUCGUCGGUAUCAAAGAAACCCGAAGAUUCGCGAUCGCGAUUCAUAGGUGAUGGGGGAAAAAAAAGAAAGAGGAAAUGCGACAAGAAUGCGCUUUCUACGAUGCAGAAAACAAAUACGAAAAAAAA